AUGUAUCGAGUGAUGAUGGAGAGUCCGAAAAAACAUUGCGUCCUGAGAAAAACGAAAUUCCACAGUGUUCUAUCUUCUCCGGCUGAUCAAACGGAAGUAAUAACGACAGCUCUUUCCAAAAUGGUAGCGAUCGAUAUGCUUCCGAUAUUUUUUUCAGAAAAUCGGAUUUUUAAUGGCUUCAUAGACAUUGCUGUCCCGAGGUUCAAUGUUCCCGGCCGACAUACGAUUGGUUCAAAUAUUCAAAGAAUGUAUCUUGAUGUAAAACCAAUGUUGGAGGAGAAGCUCGAUGCUACAAGCUAUACCGCGCUUAUAACGAAUGCGUGGUCUUCACGUAGUACCAAAUCUUUUGUAACUGUAACAGUCCAUGGGAUUGAUUCCGAGUGGAAGUGGUUCACCUUUACUCUUGAGACAAUCGAGUUUGCAGAUCGUCAUACAGCAGUAACUUCGAGGGAACAUCGGGAAAAUAUUUUACUACGAUGCAACUUGAGCAACAAAAUUGUUGGUAUUGUUCACGACAAUGCGAGUAAUAUAACGUGUGCUGUUCGUACUUCUAAAUCAGUUGGAGAGAGUGUACCAUGUGUUGCGCAUACACUGCAGUGCGCUAUUCAUCGAGGCCUAGCACUAGAAGAACUAAAAAGUGUGAUUGAAAAAGUAAGCAGCAUUGUAGCGCACUUUAAGCACUCAAAUGUUGCAACGACGGCUCUUAUCAAUCAUCAACGUUCUCUGAAACUUCUGGAACAUCGACUGAUCCAAAGUUGCCGUGCAAGGUGGAACUCAACGUUUUAUAUGCUUGAGAGAAUCUUGGAACAACGUCAGGCUGUUUGCGCCAUUGACAAUGAAACUACUUCUAGCUGCGCUCGAUCAAGCUUGAACAUGAAAAUAUCUGAUUCUGGAUGGCGAGACAUGGAAAUAUUGGGAGUACUGUUGAAACCAUUUGAACGUUUGACCACCGUAAUGUCCUCCGAGAACGAGGUAACAAUAUUAAUGGUUCGUCCUCUCAUCCACAGCAUGUUAGAAAAUUAUAUGACUUUGAACACUGAUGACGGACCAUUAUCAACAACGUUCAAGAACGUCCUCAGUGAGGAAUUGAGGAAUCCUUUUCUGAUCGCAACAAGUAUCGACGAACAUUGCAAUGUGCACGCCGUUCAUUUGGCCAUAUUCUUAGGUACCAUCAUUUCUGUAACGGUUUCUCGGAAAAACCUCUUUUCUUUGCUUGCAUUUUUUAAAUUUUAUUUAUGCUUCAAAUGCGUAGGCAUUUUUGUCGGCAGCCCUUUCUCAAACAAGUAUCUAUACUAGAUAACCAAGGAGAUAUUGAACUUUCUGGAAAUCAAUACAGCGUUUCUGUUUUGAUUACGUGUAAACUGUCAGCUCGACAUUUCAAAUCAUUCUUGAGAUAUAGAGUUUGAAUUUUUCAAGUUAUAAACACACAUAAUAAGUAAUUCAACUGAAUAUUUUUUUUCUAAAUCACUUCGCUGGACAUUGUAGACAAUUUUGAGUAUCCUGACAUGAAAAUAUCGAAGAAAAAAUAUUAGUGAAAACAAAGCUUCUAUAAAGAAACGAUAAAUAAAUAUAACAAAUAUUUUGAUUGGUAAAAUAAGGUCUAACAUCCCUAAUUCUGUUUCUCUAUAUCCAAGAUCCACGCUACAAGAAUUCACCUUACGAGGAGGAGGAUGCGAAACUAGUUGUCCCAAAAAAAGUACGGUUGAUGUUAGCUGAAUACGGGAGAUCAUAUGCAGCUACCGGGAGUGCAUCAUCAAGACGAGUUUUCCAUUUUUCGAGACUGGCAACCUUAACUCGCCGUUAUAUACGCUGAAAGGGUAUUCUCCACAGCAGAAAAUAUAGUGAACGCGAAGCGCAAUUGCUUGUCGUCAGACAAUGUGAAUAUCUUAAUAUUUCUGUAUCAAAAUCGUUCGCUGUUCUAAUCGCAGAUUAAGCUGUUUCCAAUGUUCUGAUGUUAAAUAAAUUAUGCCGAAGUUUCGAAUUACGAGGCUGUUUAAUUUAUCCACCAAAUCUGGUUCAA